AUGGCUGAAAAGCGGCCGUCGUCUCCUGGCUCCCGCAGGGCGACCCGCCCCCCCUCGACGAUGCCCAAAAAACUGCCAUCAGUCUCAUCAUGCAUGGUUCAAGGGGUGCCCUGUCAGACUGGAAAAAUCUGGAGGAUGAAGGGCAUUUCCCCACCGCCAGCAAGACCUCGAGAACGACAACCAUCGCCCUCAAGACGACCACCAUGUCAACCACGUAUCGAUCCAAGAACUAACCGACCACCUCCACCACAAGCUCCUCAACCUUCCCCUGCAGAACACCCCAAACCUCGUUAUUCCCCCAGCCUUCUUGCAUCGCCGACGACGUCGACUCCUGCUCGUGUUGAAGCAGGAACUCAGACAGAACAACCAAAACAACCAGUUGAAGAUAUGCAGGUCGAGACAAUCACAGAAGCUCCCGCUUUGUAUGCCGAAGCUGGAACACAAACAGAGUUUCCCAGUUAA